CAAGAAAGACGACAUGUUCAAACACAAGUGACAGUUUUAUAUCACAAAUCAACCAUGAGCAAAAAGAAGUACAACCUCGCCGCUAUGGCAGACAACAGCACCAAUAAGAGUGUAUCGAAUGGCACAUCCGGUAUACCAGGUGUGUCCGAAAGUAAGGAGGAUAUUGCCAUACAAGUGUUGAAAUCCAGAAUAACAGACAUUGCAAAACCAGACCAUGAUGAUUUCUACCUCCGGAAAUGGCUUAAAGCUCGCUGUUACGACAUCGACAAGGCAGAAGCGAUGUACCGAACGAGCAUGGCGUUCCGUGAAAAGCUGAAUGUUGAUCGUAUCCUCCAGGACUACGACCCGCCUCCGGUGCUGAAGAAAUACCUAACCGGAGGAUUCAUUGGGCACGCGCUGGAUGGUUCACAGGUCCGAGUGGAACUGUUCGGAAAAUUGGACAUAAAAGGGAUCAUGUGUUCCGUUCGUAAAUCAGAUCUGGAAAAGACGAAAAUUUUGCAAUGUGAGAUGACAGUGAAGGACCUGAAGGAGAGAUCAAUCCUGACAGGGACAAGAGUUGAUGGACUGACGGUCAUAUUUGACAUGGAGGGUGUCAGUACUAAGAUGCUGUGGAGGCCAGGUAUGCAGAUGUACUUGUACCUGGUAAAGCUGCUUGAAGACAACUACCCGGAAAUGAUGAGGAGAUUAUUGGUUAUCAAUGCGCCUAAGAUAUUUCCUCUGUUGUACAAAUUGGCCAGACCUUUGAUCAGUGAUGAUAUGAAGGAUAAGAUCCACGUUGCAGGAGGAGACUAUAGAGAGUUGCUGUUUAAGUACAUCGAUCCCAGUAACAUGCCUGCUUGCUACGGUGGGAAACUCACAGAUCCGGAUGGCAAUCCUAGAUGUGUCGAAAAUAUAUGUCAAGGUGGGGACGUACCCGAGUCGUAUUACUUACAAAACACUCAACUGCUUGAACACAUGAAAUCGGUCACCAUACCAAAGGGAGACAAACUGCACCUGGAAUAUACCGUUGAAAAAAAGGGGUCGAUCCUCAGAUGGGAGUUCCAAACAGACGAUUACGAUAUUGGGUUUGGCGUUAGCUUUAAGGAAAAUGGUCAUCUUACACCUAUUGUGCCUGUGACACGUGUAAACAGUCACGUGGUUACAGAGGACGGCAGCAUCACAUGUGAUAAACCGGGGAUUUACUCGCUGUGCUUUGACAAUAGCUUCAGCUGGACAAAGGGAAAGCGGGUCAACUUUAUGGCGGAGGUUAUCGCCCCUGAUGAUUCACUCAUCAAAUCGGAAAUCAAUGCUCUCAUCGAAAAGGGUGAUUGGCAGUCACUCUCGGAGAAAUUCGAGACAACCCAUCUUUGA